AUGUUUAAAAAUCUAGCUACUGUGCAUACAGACACGGUCAAGACGCUUGUCAGUCUCCAUAAAACAAAGCUCGACUUGUUGGAGCGACACCCACACGAUCAUACUGCUUGCCUGUCCAUCAAAGAGCCAAACACUAUUCAAGCUGCUGACCAUACAAUGCGAAUUCAAUGGACAAUGGACGCUUGUUGUAGUGAUCCAGAUAAGCUGACAGUAGAAGCAGAGACUCAAAUGUUGGCUGACCUGGCUUUGCAAGGGCACGAUGCAGCAGCUUUGUAUAUUGAACUUGGAGGCACACACGCUACUUUCAAGCUAAAACAAGAGCAAAAGAAAGCUAUUCUUGACACAUUAUCAAACGCAUUGGACACAUCAAAUACAACAAUCAAAUAUGCCUUUUUUGGCUUUACAGAUACAUACUGCUACGAUCUCAGAAGAAACACUGUUUGUUCUAGUGGCUCAUUGAUAGAAAACGGGAUUGAUCAUUGGAUGAAACAAGUAGACAGUAUUGAUACUAUAUGGCAUCUCGUUUUGAAAGGCUCCAAAAUACCCAGUGUCUUGAAAAUCAGCAUUUUCAAUGCAUCUACCAAACGCAGUGGAAACUUGUUUUUAUUUGAUCUUUUGGAGCCUAAAUUCGUAGAACUGUCUAGUAAUGCAACAACAGCUGGAGGAGCCACUACAAAUGGUAUAGAGAAUUGCUUUGACAACUUGCGAUUUUUGAUCAAAACCAUCGUCGAAUCAACAAUUGAAAACAUACCUGGAGAGCCGGUCAUCACUGAUUAUUACUUUCUGACACACAUGAUGUCCAAGUUUGUAUGCUCUCAGGGCCAAUUAAUCGUGUUUGCGCAUUUGAAUGAAUGCCUAAAGUAUCAACGAAAAGAGUCUCUGAUGCUACUUGAUCUGCUGGAAUCAAUGAGAAAGAUCAAGGUUGUGUCUCUUGCCAACAGUUUUAGAAUGGUCAACGAAAGCAAUUUCAAUUACAAAGUAGACGAGUACAAGGACAAACUUCAACAUGCUCGAAAUGAAAUCAAUGAGAAAAAGACUACAAUUACUCGUUUCAAAGCUAUUUGCCAAGAACUGCAUGAGAUUAUCAAUGAGAAAGAAGUGCAACAAAGAGACUUUGAAAUACAAUACGAAAAGAAGCGUCAAGAAGAUUUGGCCAGAAUGCGUGCUCAAGCGUACAUAAGAAGAGACAAAAUGAUUGAUAAGCACCGCAACACAAUCAAGAAGAUUCAAGAUUUGACACUGUCAACAUUAGCAGAGCUAAAAAAGAGAAUGAGCAAGGUGUCUAAGGAGAGAAAUCACUGGAAGCAGAGAUUUAAAGACGAAGAGGACAGAAUGAAGCGCUUGGCAAUGAAGGAAGAACAGCUUAUUAACAUCUGGAAAAAGAAAGAGUUUGAUCUCUUGCGAGAAGUCAACAUAUUGAGAUCAGAGAGAGAAGAGUUUAUCAAUAUGUUUCAGACAUUGCAAGCUAGCUUGAUUGCAAAGAGCGUUGAUCUGGAUGCUUGA